GCCGCGGGGAGCGGGCAGGGCGGAGAGCGGGCGGCACCUUGCAGCGGGCGGAAGUAACACUGUUCAUCUCCUGUCCAGCUCUACUUUCCCUGGACAUCCCCAAGGCUGAUGAGAAGUGGAGUCCAAAACCAUCUGUGAUCCUGAAGAUGAGCAGUAGGGAGUAACGGCCUCUACAUCUGAAGAUGUCUAACAAUGGAGUUGAAACAGAAGACAAACCACCUGCUCCUCCGAUGAGAAAUACCAGCACUAUGAUUGGAUCAGGAAGCAAAGACACCGGGACUUUAAACCAUGGCUCAAAACCUUUGCCACCCAACCCAGAAGAAAAAAAGAAGAGGGACCGAUUUUACCGAUCUAUUUUACCAGGAGAUAAAACCAACAAGAAGAAAGAGAAGGAGCGGCCGGAGAUCUCCCUCCCUUCUGACUUUGAACACACAAUUCAUGUGGGGUUUGAUGCAGUCACUGGAGAAUUCACAGGAAUGCCAGAGCAAUGGGCUCGGUUACUACAGACCUCCAACAUCACCAAGUUAGAGCAGAAGAAGAACCCUCAGGCAGUGCUGGAUGUACUGGAGUUUUACAACUCCAAGAAGACCUCCAGCAGCCAGAAGUACAUGAGUUUCACAGAUAAGCUGGCAGAGGAAUACAAUUCAUCAAAUACUCUGAAUGUGAAAGCUGUGUCUGAGACCCCUGCGGUGCCCUCUGUGUCUGAAGAUGAAGAUGAUGAUGACGAUGCAGCUCCACCCCCUGUGAUAGCACCACGACCUGAACACACCAAAUCUAUAUACACCCGCUCUGUGAUAGACCCUCUUCCUCCUCCUACCAGAGAUGUGGCCACCUCUCCUAUUUCUUCUCCCUCGGAAAACAACACAGCGACACCCGACAUGUUGAUCAGGAACGCGGAGAAACAAAAGAAAAAGCCAAAAAUGUCAGAUGAAGAGAUUUUGGAAAAAUUAAGAAGCAUCGUGAGUGUGGGUGAUCCAAAAAAGAAGUACACGCGCUUUGAGAAGAUUGGACAAGGAGCCUCAGGUACGGUUUACACAGCAAUGGAUGUAGCUACAGGACAGGAGGUUGCAAUCAAGCAGAUGAAUUUGCAGCAGCAGCCCAAAAAGGAAUUGAUUAUCAAUGAAAUCCUCGUAAUGAGGGAAAACAAAAACCCCAACAUUGUCAACUACUUGGACAGUUACCUUGUAGGAGAAGAGCUCUGGGUAGUCAUGGAGUACUUGGCAGGAGGCUCCCUAACAGAUGUCGUUACGGAGACCUGCAUGGACGAAGGACAAAUUGCAGCUGUGUGCCGAGAGUGUCUUCAGGCUUUGGAAUUCCUCCACUCAAACCAAGUUAUUCACAGAGACAUCAAGAGUGACAACAUCCUACUGGGAAUGGAUGGCUCUGUUAAAUUAACUGAUUUUGGCUUCUGUGCUCAGAUCACUCCCGAGCAGAGUAAAAGGAGCACAAUGGUCGGCACUCCUUACUGGAUGGCACCUGAAGUAGUGACACGGAAAGCAUAUGGGCCCAAGGUGGACAUCUGGUCACUGGGGAUAAUGGCCAUCGAGAUGAUCGAAGGCGAACCCCCCUACCUCAAUGAGAACCCCCUGAGAGCCCUGUAUCUCAUUGCUACCAAUGGGACUCCAGAACUGCAGAAUCCAGAAAAGCUUUCACCCAUAUUCAGAGACUUCCUAAACCGCUGUCUCGAAAUGGAUGUGGAAAAAAGAGGCUCUGCAAAAGAGCUACUACAGCACCAGUUCCUGAAAAUCGCAAAGCCUCUUUCUAGCCUCACUCCUCUGAUUAUUGCUGCUAAAGAGGCAGCAAAGAACAACCAUUAAAGUGACAGAGUUAAUGUAGUCAUCGUGUCAAACCUUUUUAGAUGUCUGUUUGAGAGACUGAGUUACCUGCUCCUCUCCUUCCCUCCUGCCCUGCCUUCACAAGGAUGUUCUUAAAACUCUGAUCUGUGCUGAAGGGUAGCAGAGGAAUUGCUUGUUGAAUGUGGAACAUUGCUGAUCAUACAGAAUGAACUGCCUUUCCAUCUGUCUGGAUGGGAGCAGGAGGGGAAGGAUAUAUUUUAUGACCAAGAAGAUCUGGGAACAUCCGAACCUGACCUACAUGUAACAAAGCCAGUUUGUUUUCAUAUUACUGUGUUUAUUUUUUAAAAAAUCAUGUGGAGCCUUAGACUGUGUUUAUCUUAAUUAAUGAAAUCUUUUACUGGCUGGACUCUUCCUGCUUCUGCCAAGCUGCUCUUCUUACACCACUGAAGCUGCUCUGUGCUUUGGAUGAGUCGAGGAGGGAACGAAGCAGCAGCAGAAAUGUGAACAGCUCUAACAACUGAAUGGGGAGUGAGGGCAGGAACAUGCAGCCCUCCUGCAGCACUGCUGGAUGCUUCGAGGGGAUGAGGAAAAAGCCUGUGUGUGCUUCCUGCUGCUGCUGCUGCUGGACAGCUUAAUUCACGGGUGAUCUUUUGGCCAAGUGGUGUGAAUCAAGGUCUCUUCCCCACCACACGCUUUUUGUUUCAGCUGAACUGGUUCAACAGAUAUCAAAUAUUUGUGAUGUUCUAGAAAAAUCUGAAGAGUAAUGAAUGGAGAUUCCUUUUAGGGUUAUUGUAUCAGAUCUCUGAGGCUCCAUGGAGACCUGCCUUGUAUGAUAAAGCAAACAGAGCAAUCACUAUUAUAAAGAUAAGAUUUGCCUGCAAGAUGAUGUUGACGACAACUGUUUUUUAGACCAAGUUCAACGGAAAACAAUCUGGUCAUGGAUGCUGUUGUCCUGAAAACAUAGGGACAUUAAUUUUCUUAACCUGGUAUCUUUAUGCUACUGACUCCUUUGGUUGCUAAUGAUCUGUAAAAAAGCAACAGGAAACCUGAAACGAGAUUGGUUGUAAACACUGGGCUUACGUUCAACUGUAUACUGAUUUUUAAUAAAGUGACUGUUGAAUUUCUUAA